AUGGAAGAAGAGGAGAUUAUCAUUACCAACUGUGAAGUGGUUGAGAUGCCACCGCCGCCGCCGCUGAUGCCACCACUCUGCCCUCACGGACCAACGAUGCUCUUCACAAAGGAGUUUGAUAAGCCGGCUAAGAAAGGCAGAAAGCGCAAACUUCAAGGGACACCGACAACAGCAAACCUUCCACAAAGCCAGGCCAAACCUUACUACGCCUGUUCCGCCACUCGGGACCUAAGCUUCUGCUCGUUUCGCAUAGACCAGCACAAAUGGGCCACCAUGCAGGCCAAACUUCGCGAAGAGCAGAUCGCCACGCAGAGAGACGCCAUCGAGCCGGCAGACGGGUACGCCUACUUUCUGGACAUUUUCGACGAGGAAGCGGAGGCGGAGAAGGGCUCGAAAAAGUCCUUUGCCUUCUGCCACGACUGCGGCUGCAUACUGCUGAGCCGUGCUGAACUGGCCAACAUUGAGGGGAAAGAGAGCCGAGACAAGCACUGCUUUGACCUGCACCUCACCUAUCGCUGCCUGAAGGUGACCACCGGCCACCCGAAGUCCUUCUUUGCCGAGCCCACCAAGCUGCUCCGCGCGGCCACUGACAAUGCCGGUCAGGCUCAGUACUUCUUCGCCGAUUCGGUGGCUCCCUUCAUCGUGGAGGAAAUCGCCCGGAAGGGCGGCUUCACCAAGGUCCUCUGCAUCGGCUGUCCGACCAUUCACGAGCACAUAGUGAACCGGUACUCUCCCACCACGCUCUCCUCCUUUCUGCUCGACAUUGACGCGCGCUUUCGGCAGUUCUGGCCGCCGGAGCAGUUUGCCCAGUUCAACAUGUUCAACUACUUCUUCUUCAACGGCGAGCAGCAGGCGGCGGAGCACCUGAGUCGGUUCUUCCACGGCAACGGCCAGACCGGCGACACCUUGGUGGUGGUUGACCCGCCCUUUGGCGGCUUGAUCGAGAACCUUGCCGCCAGCAUUCGCCGGCUGCAGGAGCUGAUGACGCAGAGCGACCUGGUGGAGCACCUCUUCUUUCCGCCGCUGGUGCUCUUCUUUCCCUACUUCAACGAGCACUGGAUCAGUAAGGCCUUCAACGGCGAGGUCCUGCUCACCGAUCAGAUUGUGCAGUACGCCAAUCACCACAAGUUUAGCUGGAAGCGAGACUCUUAA